AUGCAUAAAAAGUGGACGAGUAACGUUCAUUGUGCCGGAUACAUAACGUUAAGUUACGAUGUAAACUCCACAAAAACCACAAGUUUUUACCAUUUUUGGAAAAGUACUGGUUUUUGCCCGCCAGAUCCUAAAGAAGAUAUUCCAAAAUUCCUUCUGAGCAAUGAACAAAGACUGAACAUCGCGCUUCUAGGUGCAUUGCCUAAUAAUGGCUUGACACACGUCAGGAUUCACUGGUUACUGAAUCUGCUGACUCACGUGUACAAUUUCACUUAUAUGGACGUUUUCCUUUCACAUUUAAAUAACCACGAUCUGGCGCCAGGAUUUGAAUUGAUGGGAUCUUCGAAUCAGUUCAUUAAAUUUGAAAAAACUGGAGAAUUUUGGAGGAAACUUGUCAAAGAAAUCGUGAAAAGAUAUAUAGUCCAAUUUGGUGUCAAACGCGUGUCCAGAUGGAAAUUUGAAACCUGGAAUGAACCAGAUCUGAAGAGCUACGAUAUCUUGAAUUUCACACUAUCAGAAUACCUGGACUACGUGGUGGGCUGUUCCUCAGGCCUCAAAGAGGCCUUCUCCGGGACGAAAUCUACGUGGAAACUGGGAGGUCCGGCGGGAUUGUUCAGAGACAAAGACCAUCCCCUGUGCUGGGGACUCUUAGAGGCCUGCAACGGGGUUCUCGGGGGGGACAGCUGCCCCCUGCAGUUCCUUUCAUUUCAUAGGAAGGGCGGGGGCAGCUCUUCGGGGGUGCUGGACGGCAGUUUCGAGCUGCUGGACUUGAUUCGCGAUCGCUUUGCGGGGUUAAGGCAUAUGCCCAUCGCGAACGACGAGGCCGACAUCGAGAAGAACUGGUCCAAAUCCCUGGGAUGGAGGGCAGACGUCAGAUACGCCGCCAUGGUCGUGCGGGUGGUAGCGGGUUAUUAUAAAUCAAUUGGAGAGAGGAGAAAAUUGAAAAUUGAGGUGUUGAGCAACGAUAACGGCUUCGUGAAUUAUCAUCCGUUCUAUUUCACCCAGCGGACUCUAUUUGCGAGGUUCCAGAUAAAUACCACCACACCCGGCCACGACCAAUUUAUAAAAAAACCGGCGUACUCGGUGAUGUCCUUGUUAUCCCUCCUGGGAGACAGGCAUCUCCAGGAGGAGGCGACGCCGUCCGAUCCCCUGUUAACCGCCGUAGCGACGCGUCGCGGGCGGAGAAGACAGUCAUUUGUUUCCGUCAUCUUGGCCUAUGGAAACGAGACUAGAUCUGAUGAGGAAGCCGUGGAACUGAUCAACGUUACGCUUGGGAAUAUCCCGGAAGGAAGAGAGUGGAAGUUCCUUGUGUAUCAACUGGAUAACGUCAGGACCAACCCUUACCAGGUGUGGAAGGGCUUCGGAAGGCCCGUGUUUCCCGACAGGUACCAGAGGAGGAAGAUGAGGGAGGUGGAGGAACCCCGAAGCCUGAACGUCCCAACUACUAUAAAGGGCCCAACUUUGAAUCUCUCUUUAAAACUAACCAUCCCCAGCGUACAUCUCAUAAAUAUGUGCGCCAGGCCGAAGAAAUUUCCAAGAACCGUUCAUUCUGUGACUAUUUUUAAUGUAACCUGGAACGAAGUUCUCGUCACGUGGAAAUAUAAGGGAAAAUACGCUAACUGCUUACGCACGUUCGAAGUUGAGAAUCAAUCAAAGUGUGCGGGGACCCGGCGACGUUUCACGAGGAUCAAUCCAAGUGACACGAUUUUCAUGUCGUUUCAUCACGUAGGCAAAGCCGAUCGCGCCUGCGAGCGGACCCGAGGCGACUACCGAGUGCGAGCCACCGACUACUGGGAUCGUUCUGGAGCGUACUCCGGAAUAAUUUCCUAUCCCUAAAGUGCAGCAUAAAAUCUGAACGGGUGCAAGUUUGGAGCAGGUCGAGCGUAAGCGUGCGGCUUCAUGACUGGAUUAGGCAAUUUAGUGGUUUAU